AUGUCUAGAUUUUCUCUCCAAGGAAGAACAGCCCUCGUCACCGGCGGCGCCCGGGGAUGCGGUCUCGCCUUUGCGCAAGGACUGGCCGAAGCGGGUGCUAACGUGACCAUCUUCGACAUGGUCGAGCCGGAGGCCCAAUUCCACGCCAUUGAAAAGACGUGUGGUGUGCGAACAGCCUAUUACAAGGUGGACGUAUCCUCCGAAUCCUCCCUCGCGGCCGGAUUCCAGCAAUUCCAGGCCGACUUCAACAACGCGCUCGAUAUCUGCGUACCGUGUGCCGGUAUCAACCGCCAUCUACCCUUCCUAGAGUUUACCUACGAGGCCCACCAGAGCCUGCUGUCUGUCAAUGUCGUGGGCCUCUACUUCACGGCCCAACUGGCAGCCCGACAGAUGAUCGCCAAUGGCACCAAGCAUGGCAGUAUUGUGCUGGUGGCCAGCAUGGCGAGCCACAUCGCCGUGCGCAGCCAGCUGUGCAGUGCAUACUGCGGUUCCAAAGCGGCCGUACGAGGCAUGUGUCCUGCCAUCGCGAAGGAACUGGCGGAAUAUAAUAUCCGUGUCAACUCCAUCUCGCCCGGCUACGUACGCACCGAGAUGACUGCAUCCGUAGGUGACUGGUUCCCCCGCUCCACUUCUGCGCUGACGGACCAGUUUCCCCAUCUCCUGGAGGGAUGGAAAUCCGAAACGAUGAACGGACGGAUCGCCGAGCCGGAGGAUAUCAUGGGGGCGUGUGUCUUCCUCGCCAGUGACGCCAACCAGAUGAAGCGGAAAUUAGAAAAGGUAGAACUAAACGACUCGAUCAUGGCCCCUGGUGCGGAUCACGAAGGAUUCGUCGACGACGGCGCGGUCGAUGCAUCCACCACCGUGGUCAUUGCCGGUGCUGGACCGUCUGGGUUGAUGCUAGCAUGCAAUCUCGUUCGCUUUGGGAUUGACGUAACGAUCCUUGAUGACCGACCCGACAAAACAUCCACCGGAAAGGCCGACGGAAUCCAGCCCAAGACGAUCGAGACAUUAAAACAACUGCGACUAGCCGAUCCGUUGUUGAGGCAUGCGGCGCGUGUGUAUGAUAUUGCAUUUUGGGAAUCCACCCCCGAUCAACCCCUGCGACGAACAGGCCGUCAAACCCAUUACCCGGACCACCUUGUGGGCGCAUCUGAUCCCUAUAUUGUAUUGGCACACCAGGGCAUGCUGGAGGAUGUGUUCAUCGACGAUAUCGAGUCUCGCGGCGUGUCUGUCCUUCGCAACAGCUCGUUCGUCUCGUGCGCGCGGGUGUCUGGUGGUCGCGGACUGGUCGUGUCCUACGAUGACCUCGACAGCAAGUCAACUAAGAAAAUUCGGGCAGACUAUCUUGUCGGGUGCGAUGGCGCGAGGUCCAUGGUUAGGACCUUCAUCCCAGAUGCACCGCUGGAGGGAGAGAUGACCAACGCAUCCUGGGGCGUGCUCGACGGAGUUAUUGAUACCGACUUUCCCGACCUCUGGAGCAAAGUCGCCGUGCGUUCCCACGAGGGGGGCUCCAUCCUGUGGAUUCCCCGAGAGCGCAACAUGACGCGACUAUACGUCGAGUUGAGCGCAACGGAUGGAGAACGGGUAGAAAAGUCCAAAGCCACGCCAGAGUACGUGAUUCAACGCGCAAGGCAGGCCAUGCAUCCAUUCCGCCUCGAGUGGAAGAACAUCGAAUGGUUUGGCAAUUACGUUGUGGGUCAGCGCGUGGCCAAACACUUUGCGGACCCGGCCUUGCAGGUAUUCAUCGCCGGCGAUGCCGGACACUGCCACUCGGCCCUCGCGGCGCAAGGCGCCAACACCAGCAUGCACGAUAGUUUCAACCUCGCCUGGAAGAUCAACCUAGUCUCGCGUGGGCUGGCAUCGCCCGCACUACUGUCAACCUACGAGGAGGAGCGCCGCAAGAUCGCCCGCGAUCUCAUCAAUUUCGAUGCAGGUCACUGUCAAGCUUUUGCCCAGGGAGAGGCCGCUCUGGCGAAGAACUUCAACGACAACAUCCGGUUUAUCUCGGGUGUGGGCGCCGAGUAUUCAUCUGGCACGUUGACCAUGUCUUCUCUAGAGCCAUCGACCGCAACCCUCCGUCCUGGUGCCCUGAUGCUCCCUGCCCGGGUGACUCGGUACAUCGACGCCAACCCCGUCGACAUCCAGCUCGAUAUCCCCAUGCUCGGACAGUUCCGCCUGUAUCUGUUUGCGCCUGACCUCAAAGCUUCCCUACCCUUCUUGAGCACCCUGUGCCAGCAGCUGGACGCAGCGUCGUCGCUGGGUCGGGUGGCUCUCCAGGCCGACACAUCCUAUCAGAACAAGCCGCGAGGACAGUCAGAAGCAGACGCAUUUGCCCAACAUCAGAGAUACACCCCGGUGUCCCAGAUCCUGACGUAUGCCCUGGUCACGCAGUCUCCCCAAUCGGCGUUUGAGGUUGCGGAUCUGCCUGAAGCGCUGCAGAAGAGUCGGUGGACGUUAUACCUGGACGGUGGUGACACGCCCCACUGUACGGUCAAGUGGAUGGACAGGUUGGGGGAGAACGAAGCCGGGGUCGUGAUUGUCCGACCGGAUGGGUAUGUCGGGGCAGUCCACAACUGGGGUGUAGAAGAAGGGCAAGGAGCAGCGAAAUGGGUGGAUGGUUAUUUCAAGGGGUUUCUCGUUGAUUGA